AUGCCUGAGAGGGGUCAUAAGUUAUUAAUGGCUUUACCAUCACAAAGGAAUCAAUCGUUUGGUGAAUCUAUCAGCAGAAAAACUAUGUGUCGAUCAGGCACGGUCACCAGAACGAUGGCCUUGCAGGAGCAGGUCUGGCCAGUCCCAAUGAAGGCAAUUGGAGCACAAAACCUUUUGACAAUGCCUGGAGGAGUGACCAAAUCAGGGUAUCUUCAUAAAAAAGGAGGCACCCAGCUGCAGAUCUUGAAGUGGCCGUUGAGAUUUGUGAUUAUCCAUGAGGGAUGUAUUUACUAUUUUAAGAGCAGCACAUCUGCAUCUCCACAGGGUGCAUUUUCUUUGAAUGGUUACAACAGGGUUAUGCGGGCAGCUGAAGAGACAACAUCAAGCAAUGUGUUUCCUUUCAAGUUAGUUCACAUUAGUAAGAAGCACAGAACAUGGUUUUUUUCAGCUUCUUCUGAAGAUGAAAGAAAGAACUGGAUGCUAUCCCUGAGGAGGGAAAUUGAUCACUACCAUGAGAAGAAAGAAACAAUAACAGAAUUCAGUGACUCUGGUUCUGAUGCAGACAGUUUCUACGGCUCAGUAGAACGUCCCAUUGAUAUCAAGUAUUCUCAGCAUUCAGCAGAUAAUGAAGAUUACGACCAGGAAGAGGAUGAUGAGUCUUACUUGCAGCCAGAUACUUCUGACAUAGUGAAAGAUGAUAUGGUCCUGCCCCCAGCCUACCCGCCUCCACCAGUUCCUCAUGUCAGAAAAACUGCCUAUUCAGAAUCAAGGGCAAAUUCCUUUGCUGGAAAAUCUACUGUCCCAGUACCACCACCGCCUCCUAAAAGAAGCUUACCUGAUAUCAAACUAGAGGAGGUCUUAAACGUGAGAGAACAUCAGUUACAGUGUCGAGCUGAACCUAAUGUAAAGAUUCAAUCCUCAAGCCGUAGACUAAGUGAACAGCUGCCCCCUGUGCCCCCUCUGCCUCUCUUCAAAAAGCCUCAGUGUGUCAAAGAAUCUUGCUCGCUGCUUCCAGAGCCUCUGCCUCUAGCUCAAGUUCUUGCUACUUCAGAAGGAUGCGAGAAGCUAAAAACCUUAAACCUUUCACCGCGAACUCCUCCUCCACUACCAAGCAGUAAACCCAAGCUGUCACAGUUAACUGAAAAGCCAGUAGAGCCCAGAGUGCCAAGAGAACAUGGCAAACCUGGACUGUUUGUGCCACCAGUGCUCCCAAAGCCACCUGUGCCAAGCCACCAGCCCCCUGGAAUCAAGCCUAGACCAGAGAAGUCUUCAUGUCCCCAGUUACAGAGAUCACCACCAGAUGGACAGAGUUUUAGAAGCUUCUCAUUUGAAAAACCAGCAGUACCUUCCAAGCCAAACCAACCUGAUGAUGAUUCUGAUGAUGACUAUGAAAAAGUUGGGCUGCCUGCUUCAAUAUUUCUUAAUACCUCCGAAUCCUUUGAAGUUGAAAGGACAUUUAAAGCUAGUAGCCCACGAGGACAACCACAAAAUGGAUUGUACUGUAUUAGGAACUCAUCCACUAAGCCUGGAAAGGUAUUGGUUGUAUGGGACGAAUCUGCAGAAAAAGUGAGAAACUACAGAAUCUUUGAAAAGGAUUGCAAGUUUUACCUGGAUUCAGGCAUCAUGUUUUUGAACGUGGGAAGUUUGGUUGAAUACUACAGCACUCAUGUCUUACCUAGUCACGACAGUCUGAUUCUUCGGUAUCCUUAUGGUUACUCUAAACCAAGGUGACAUGACUGGCGUAAUUCACUGACGCACAGGACAAGUGGGUUCCCUGCUGCCCUUGAAUUAAAUGUGGACUCCUGCCACUGUUGGACAUCCCAUUGUUUGCACACAGAAGCUGAG